AUGAAUAAAAACGUUUGCCUCGGGAAUUGGUGGAUCAAAGAUAUCAGCUUCUCAAUUUCGAAUUUCGAUAGUAGGAUCUUUGAUAAGAUAGAACUGUUCCGGAGGCAAAUCGUUGCAGGCGGGUUGACGACGCAGGUAGACAAACGAAGUAGUAGUAGGCUCCGGAGUGUUAACCUCAACUGCAAGCAACGCAAAAUAAAAGGGAGUCAGUCCCAUGAGAUCGUACGACAGAUAGCUUCAACAUCCAUUCUCGAACAACAAUUCGCGGGAAAAGGUAUAAAACGGAAAACAAGCGACCUUAGCGAAGCAACGGCGGAACUGAUCGAGACCCCGAGCAACUCCGGAAAACACCGCGAAAAUCAGCAAUGA